GACGCCAAAGGCCUAAACCAGGUGGGAACGGCCACCGCCACAGCAAUUGAGCCAUUGAUGAUAAGGGUGAUGUUGAUGGAAAAGGGGCUGAAAGUUGGUCCAGAUUAUGGCCGGGUGAAGGAAACAGAAGAGAGGACAAGGGAGCUUACAUCCAUGGCUGGUUAUAUAGACGAGGCGCAGGCUGAGUAUGGCUGUUUGCAGAGAACAUUUUCACUGAUUUAUGUUCUCGAUAACGCUAUCCCUUCAAUUGUUCUUUCGACAGGAUGUUCAGGUGGCAGUGGCCGUUCCCAUCGAGCUUCACCGGUUUCCGGGGUUUGGCUAACUGGUACCCUGGUACCAUUUCGCUCCGAACUGCCCUCCUACACCGACCAUUCGGUUCUAUGA